AGGAGUGGGAGCGACCCGCCCGCGGAUCCGCAGCUCAGUUGGGUAGGCACAGCUUGUCCUGGACCCUGGACCUACCGCCAAGAUGGAUGCAUGGAUGGUGCUGCUGGGCCUGCAAAUCAUGUCGCUCCCAUUCCUGGCUCACUGUACAGCCCCCACUUCCACCCUGAGAUUUGUGGCUGUGGGUGACUGGGGAGGAGUCCCCAAUGCCCCAUUCCACACAGCCCGGGAAAUUGCCAAUGCUAAAGAAAUUGCCAGAACCGUUCAGAUUAUGGGUGCUGACUUCAUCAUGUCCCUGGGGGACAAUUUCUACUUCACCGGAGUGCAUGAUGCCAAUGACAAGAGGUUCCAGACCUUUGAGGACGUGUUCUCUGACCGUGCCCUCCGAAACAUCCCCUGGUAUGUGCUGGCUGGAAACCACGAUCACCUAGGCAAUGUCUCGGCACAAAUUGCCUACUCCAAGAUCUCCAAGCGCUGGAACUUCCCCAGCCCUUACUACCGUUUGCGCUUCAAAAUUCCACGUACAAAUGUAACUGUGGCCAUCUUCAUGCUGGACACAGUGAUGCUGUGUGGCAACUCUGAUGACUUUGCGAGUCAACAGCCCAAAAUGCCCCGAGACCUGGGAGUGGCCCGCACUCAGCUGUCCUGGCUCAAAAAGCAGUUGGCAGCAGCCAAGGAAGACUAUGUUUUGGUGGCCGGCCACUACCCCAUCUGGUCCAUCGCUGAGCAUGGGCCUACCCGCUGCCUCGUCAAGAACUUGCGGCCACUGUUGGCCACAUACGGGGUCACUGCCUACCUGUGUGGACAUGACCACAACCUGCAGUAUCUUCAGGAUGAGAACGGUGUGGGCUAUGUGCUGAGUGGGGCCGGCAACUUCAUGGAUCCUUCUGUGCGCCAUCAACGAAAGGUUCCCAAUGGCUACCUGCGCUUUCACUAUGGAUCUGAGGACUCCCUGGGUGGCUUCACGUACGUGGAGAUAAGCCCCAAAGAAAUGAGCAUCACAUAUGUGGAAGCCUCUGGAAAAUCACUCUUCAAGACCAGCCUCCCAAGGCGACCCAGACCCUGAACACCUACAAGGGUCCUGCUUGUCCCCUAAUGGGUCUGAGGGAGGAAGCCUCUGCAAGCAUGGUGGGUGGGCCCUGUGAGGACCUCACCCACCGGCAGCUUUAUCUGUGCCCUGGUACUCUGGCAGAGUGGGAAGGGGAACAGAGGGGCUCACCUACAGGAAAGAAGUAUGCACACACCACUGGCCCCCCACAGCCAGGCUCACCCCUGAGGUUUUAGGGUAGAGCUUUCUUGGGAGUGGGGCUUCCUUUUAAGUCAAACAUCUUACUGUCACUGCUAUUCAAUAAAACAAUAGUUGACAAGGC